UAAACAAAUUUUUAAAAUAAGGAGGAAAGAGGCGUAAAAAACUUAAUAAUUGAAUUGAUUUUCGAUAAAAUUUACACUUUCUUAAUUUAAAAUACCAGUUAUUUUAGGAAAAGCCAAGAUGAUGAACCAAUACAUAAAGGAAUUAGAACAGGACCCAUUUGACCCCGAUGAAUUUGUUGAGAGGAUGGUACGCCGCAGCAUGCAGGAGAGUCGCCUUCAGGACGAUGAAUUUGACCCAGAAAUGAUUCAUGACAUAUUCACACAAGCUAUCCAGGAUUUGAAAGUACUUCAAGAAAGGCAAGAGAGAAAAUGUGCUAGACUGGAGCAAGCCGUGCAGGAAGAAGAGAAGUUAUAUGUGACUAAACUUUCCGAGAUAAUGGAACAACAUUCUCACUGUGUGAAUGUAUUCAGUUCGCUAGAUGAAAGAAUGUCGCGUUGUGGAGGCCGCGCUUUGGACGUAGGAGAGAAGUUAGGUGCUGCCAGAGCUCCUAGAGCGAGGGCAGCUGCUGCGAGGGAUCUCCUGUCACAUUUAGCGAACUUCCUGAGCCCUGGCCCUAUGCUUUCUGACUUGUUCAAUGAUCCUAAUAAGCUUAAUGAAGCGGCCGAUGUAAUACAAAAGUUGUACACAAUUGCUCAGGAGCUACCCCCUGAUAAGUUUGAAGUAGCCAAGAAGAAGAUAGAGGCAAAGUAUGAUGAAAUUGAAAGGAGCCUCAUUGAAGAGUUUGUGAAGGCUCAGAAUCAAGGCAAUGUUGCCAAAAUGAAGGACAUUGCCACUAUUAUGACUAAUUUUAAAGGGUAUUCUCAAUGUGUUGAUGCUUAUAUUGAAACUAGCCAAAUGAACACCUUACUUGGCAAGGAUAUAUUUUCAGCGGUCCUUCCUCUCUGCAAGAAGAACUACACCGUGAUCAGUAGUGUGUUCCCUAACCCUGACCAGGUGAUUAGCAAGUUUGUGCUGAACAUCUUUCACCUCAAGCUGCAGAAGUACAUACAAACUAAACUGGCAGAUAAAAAUGAUAUGGACAAGUAUUUGCGCAAUUUGUAUGAUAUGUAUAUCAGCACACAAAAAGUUUGUGAUGAGCUGGUAGCUGCAAACUUAGUGUCAGCGGAUGGGAACACGGCUACUGGGGACCUUCGUAGGGAAGCUCUAGUUAAUGGAGCGAUGGCAGGAGCUACUGACGGAUAUGCCGCUUUGGAGAUACGAAGAUUGAAGGCUGUUCUAUCUAACGCGUUGAAUGUUUAUUAUAACGAGAAACAGCACGUUAAAAAGCAGAUCCAGGGUGGAGGUUUUCAAGAGCUUCGGCGUGAUUUACAAGCGGUAAUAGGAACACGGGCAAAUAUCAACAUCGCUCAGAUUGAGAACUAUGGCGGUGAAACCUUCCUCAGCGAGCAACUAGUACAGAAGAUGCUGAGUGACGCCAAGACAUCGUUUACCAGAUGUAAAACUCUAUGUACCCCCAACGAGCUAUCUGCUACUACGAUAGCAUUACUGGACACAUUGAUACAGAACUUGCUCAUAGAGCACGUGGACUACGCGCUCGACUUGGGCCUGCAGUCCAUCCCCAUUGCGGAGAACAAGUCGCCGCCUCAGAUUUACUUCUUCGAUAUCGUGAACCAAGCUAAUAAAAUCGUUAAGAUGUUUGGGGAACAUUUUCAGGAAUCGGUGCUACCAUGUUUGAGUAAACAAGGCGAAUGUAUCCAACGAAAGAACACCAUAAUGGAACAGCUGGAGAACAAGUUAGAUGCAGGAUUGGAACGUGCCAUCUCCGCUAUAGUAGGUUGGGUGAAGCUCCACCUUCAAACUGAGCAGAAGAAAACUGACUUCAAACCCGAGGGAGAUAUUGACACCUUGGCAUCGUCCGCAUGUGUAGCAGUUGUAUCCUAUUUAAACUCAGUGAUGGACAAAAUACACACAGAAUUGGAAGGAGAUAACCUGCAUGCAGUAUCUUUGGAGCUAGCCGUCCGUUUGCACCGUGUCAUAUACGACCAUUUGCAGAAUUUCCAGUUUAAUUCUGCGGGUGCAAUGAUAGCGAUAUGCGAUGUGAAGGAAUACCGCUCGGCGGUGUGCGGUCGCGGCCCGCGCGCGGCACCCGCUCCUGCGCACGCCUUGUUUGACACCUUGCACGCACUGUGCAACCUUCUGCUGGUCAAACCGGAGAAUCUGCAUCAAGUCUGCGAGGGAGAGACACUGGCGGAGUUGGACCAUUCAAUCCUACACAACUUCAUCCAACUGCGGUCGGACUACAAGAGUCAUAAGUUAUCAAGCUUUCUCAAGGGACUGUCAUAAUUUAUAGCGAACACAUUACGUUGUAUUAAUAGCUCUAAUUUAUAUUUUCCAAGUGAUAUAUUGUUUCUGUAUGUUGUUUUAACAUUAUUUAUUAAACUCAAUUGCUAAUUAA